GACUACCCCUCCCGUCGCGGCAGCAACGAAAGUGAAAGCAGCGCCUGUCUAUGUGCCACAGCCACAGUGACCAUGGCAGCCGCGGGUGAAGCGAUCCUGUCCCGGCCACUAGCCCUGGCCCUUGUCCCCGCUACCGUCCACCUGGUGCUGGGGCCGCUGCUGCCCUCAGCCUGGGCUCCGGCCGGUCUGGCCGCGCUGUUACUCGCCGCCCUGGCGCUGUCCCGGGGCCGGGCUCCGCUGCUCCGCUACACGGUCUGUGCCUGCCUCCUGCCGCCGCUCUACACCGCCCUUCGCCGGGCGCUGAGUCUCAGCCCCGGCCCCGGCAUCUCCUGGCCGCUGCUGCUGCUCGCACACGCCGCCUCUGCCUUGGCUGUCACCGCCCUGGAGCUGCUGCCCCGGGCCGUCCCGGCAACUGCGUCCCGUACCCCGACCCCCUUGCAGCCGACCAUCACCAGCCGCCUACUCGCCCUGUCCCGGCCCGACCUGCUCCCGCUGGCCGGCGCCUUCACCUUCCUCGCACUGGCCGUGAUCGGGGGGAUGUUUGUUCCCUAUUACACGGGGAAGGUGAUUGACAUCCUGGGCUCCCAGUACGACCAGCGUAUCUUCCUCUUUGCCAUCUUCUGCAUGUGUGCAACGUCCAUGGGAAGUUCCAUUGCAGCGGGCUUGCGUGGAGGCCUCUUCACGUUCACAAUGUCCAGGCUCAACAGACGCAUUCGUAGUCAGCUCUUCUCCUCCCUGGUGCAGCAGGAGAUCGCAUUCUUUGAUGCCACCAAGACUGGGGACAUCACCAGCCGCCUCUCCACGGACACCGCGCUCAUGAGCCGCUCGGUUGCACUCAAUGUCAACGUCUUGUUGCGCAGUCUGGUCAACACAGUGGGAAUAGUUUCCUUCAUGUUCAGCCUCUCCUGGAAGCUCACCCUCCUGAUCUUCAUCGAAUCUCCCCUCACCAUCCUGAUUCAGAAGAUGUAUAACCUGUAUCAUAUGAGGCUGGUGCUGCAAGUUCAGGAUUCGAUCGCCAGGUCGAACCAGCUGGCCGGUGAGAUUGUUUCCUCCAUAAAAACUGUCAGGAGCUUUGCUGCCGAGGACCUGGAGUCAGAGCUGUUUGAGAAGAAGCUACAGGAAACGCACCAACUGAAGAACAAACGUGACCUGGUCACAGCCGUCUACCUCCUGUGUCACAGGCUAGCACAGCUCCUGAUGCAAGUGGUGAUGCUGUACUGCGGGCAGCUGCUGGUGAACGAUGGGCAGAUGACCAGCGGAAACCUCAUCGCCUUCAUCCUCUACCAGAUGGACUUUGGAGACUAUGUGCGGACUCUGAUCCACAUGUACUCGGAAAUGACCCACUCUGUGGGAGCAGCGGAGAAAGUCUUUGAGUACCUGGACCGUGAGCCCAGAGUCCACACUGACGGGACAUUGGUGCCGGAAUCUCUGCAGGGUCACCUGGAGUUCAAGGACGUGACUUUCUCCUACCCAGCGAAACCCGACGUACAGGUUUUACAGGACGUGUCGUUCGAGGUGCGGGCCGGGGAGGUGACGGCCCUGGUGGGACCCUCGGGAGGGGGGAAGACCACCUGCGUCAGCCUCCUGCAACGUUUCUACGAGCCUCAGUCCGGCCGUAUCCUGCUGGACGGGCGGCCCAUCCAGGAGUACGACCACAAGUACUACCACAGCAAGGUGGCCCUCGUGGGUCAGGAGCCGACACUCUUUGCCCUAUCGGUGCGGGACAACAUUCGCUACGGGCUGGACCACUGCCCGCAGGCAGACGUGGCAGCUGCUGCCCACAGUGCCAGCGCACGGGACUUCAUCGAGAGGAUGGACCACGGCUUCGACACAGAUGUGGGCGAGGCCGGCGGACAGAUCUCAGCGGGACAGAAGCAGCAGAUUGCCAUCGCCCGUGCCCUGGUCCGGCAGCCGCGGAUUCUGGUCCUGGACGAGGCCACCAGCUCAUUGGACGCACACACCGAGCUAUCGAUCCAGCGGGCCCUGGCACGUGAGCCGGCAGCAGCAGCGUUGGUGAUCGCCCAUCGGCUGACGACCGUGCAGCGGGCGGACAGGAUCGUGGUGUUGGAGGGUGGCCGUGUGGUGGAACGAGGCACUCACUCUCAGCUGAUGGAGCUGGGCGGCUGCUACUCCCGUCUGGUGCUGGGGCAGUUCACCAACGGAGAGCAGGGAGCGGCCGCGGGAGAGAAGGGGUCGGGACACGGGGAGAGACAGUGAGGGCGGGGAAACAAG